AUUUUCGCCGCCAACCACUCAACCGCCCACCGACCGACCACCCAUGCUGCCCGACAGCCAAGAUGGCUUCAGUCAGGCGGGCUCCAUAUAAGGAUUUCCUCCAGCCCGCGCUGCAUCGACGUUUCACUAGCACUGCCACCCUCCUCUUAGCCAUUGCCUUUGUCGAGGCUGUCGUCCUUGCCCGCUGGGACUCGCCCUUCUGGGCAGUUUUCCCCGUCGGUCCAACGGGCAUCCGAGCCUUCUUCAUCUUCCUCUGCGGCCUCGCAAUUCUCGUCCUCCGAAUCGCACAAUACCACAUCGGCCUCCGUACGUCCAACUCGGGCCUGCAGACCUUCUUCAGAUACGCCGUGACCCCCCAGACACUCGAAGCAAUCGUCUCGUACACACUUUCGGCAUGGCUCUUCAGCCAGAUCUACCUGUGGUCGGCGACAGAGGAUCUAGCAUGGGUGUCAAUCCAGCCUGGCGUGGGCGGCAGGGUGCGGCUGAACGAGAAGCCCAUCUUCUUCACUGUUCACUUUCUGGUCCUGGGUGUCGUGCACGGCGCUUUGCACAUCUCCCGCGAUGAGGAUCGGUUGCGUCUCAACGCAGCAAGGCUGAAGGCCAAAGACGCGGCCCCCGCGGAAGCACCACGGCCCUGGUCAAAACGGCUGAUGAGUGAGGUGCCCCUCCUGGCUCAUCGCGCUCUCGUCCAGACUCUGUCUGUGCUCGUAUUCAACAUAUUCUUCUACCAUGCGGUUCUGCGCAGCCUGGCUUGGCGGGUUGCAUUGAUCAUCUUCCGUCCUUUCUACACGAUGCCGAAGACGAACCUGGCUCCGACAACACAUGGCGGCAUGAGCUUCCCGCUCUGGGUUAAAUGCUCGGGCGCUAGCUUUAUGUUAUUAUUCCUGUGGCUGGCGGGCAACAGGAUGUUCUCAAUGUUCCUCGUUAGGCCCCCGCUGAAGAACGGAAACCCCCUCACGUCGGAGUCGAAGGACCAAAAUGGAAGUCUUUUGAAUGGAUUGAAAAGCAAGAAGCUCCCAAUCAAGUGUUUCGCGACGUGGGAGCUCGCACUCAUCGCCAGGGACUUCCAACCACGGCGCCACGCUAUCUACCAGGACAUUGACAGGGCAGAUGGCCCGAUGUGGUCGCAAGUAUACGCGCUCUGUCUUCAGGUUGUGAAAGACAUGGAGUCAAGGAUUGACGGGCACAACCAGGCCGCUGCUGCCGCCAGAGAAGCUGCCGCGAAAGCGAACAGCAACGCACAGGCAGUGGUCCAGACGCCCACCAAGACCUUCCGAGCCGAAAUGGGGGAUAUGCUCCAAAAGAAGGUUGUCGAGCCCGGGCAGCCCUCGCGGCUUAGCCCGCUGGUGAAGAAGGGGGUAGCUCACGCCAAAGACUACGUGGAUGAUAUUGCCCGGCAGGCGACCGGUACAGACGCUGCGGAUAACCCCUACAAGCACUGGACCAGGCUGAUCCUGGACUCGCCACUUGGCCAACCCUUCAAGCAGGGAUUCUCCCGCAGAAUCACAACCGUUGUGCUCGGAGAACCAUAUGGAGAGCCGGCACUCGUGAUCAAUGCCGUAUCGGCACUGACGCGGCUAGCCGUGUCCAGCCUGGCAGAGGAUAGCUAUGGAAACGUGCAGCGGGAUGUCUCCACCAUCAUCCGGACGUUCACGAGUGUCAAGACGAAGCUGGAGGCGUUCAAGGCCGACUUCCCCCUGCACUGGACCGACCAGGACGCAGCGAGGGAGUGUGCGGAAGUCGAGGCGAUCCUGGAGACGCUGAAGGAGGGACUGGUUCAGCUGAUCGUGGCGUUCGGCCCAUAUGCGAGGGAUCUCAGGCUGACAUUUGCGGACGUGAGACAAGCACGGGAGGCGGCUGGGCUGCCGGCCAGAGAAGGUGCUGCUCCUACAAGAGCUGAGGGGCGGCCGGAAAUGCGGCAGGUUCGGUGAGCAUAUUAGGAUGGGGAUGGAAAUCAAAAUGUGGCCGGGCCUGUGUACAUGUACGGUGGCUGUGCGGUUUAUACCCGAGCGUUGUCGCUCACACUGCAGAACUCAACAGAACAGACACUGUUGUUUAUGCGCGCUAGAUUCUCAAGCUGUUCCUUGAGUGCGCGGAUUGUUGCUUCGGCUUUUCGAAGCGAAGCGCAAGAUUAGCCCCGGGUGCUCAGGGGUAAUGGGGCAUGCAUCCGUCGAUAUUCGUUCAAUGCUGGCUGGGUAGCACCAGCCCUGACCAGUUCAAAUGACCGAGGCCUAGGAUAGUCAAGACUAAUAAGCCAUGGAUCGAUCAUAGAUGCUUUGCUGUAUUGGAAACGGAGAUGGCUUGCGGCAGAUGCACGGAAA